AUAUUGUCUCUCUCUCUCUCCAUCAUGUUCUCUCUCUCUCCAUCAUGUUCUCUCUCAUCAACCCUCUUAAACCCUUAACUUUCUCUCUCUAAAACACAAAAAUUCUGUCUAGAAUUCCUCACCUCAACAAGGGUGUCCUAUGCUAUAACACAAAAAACACAACCCAAACAGAGCAAUGCUUCCUCUUCCCCAAUUCUUGAUUUUCUUUGCUCUUUUGUUUCAGACCCAUCUCUCUGUUUCGGCCUCCGAAGCAUUGUCCAUAUACGAAGUCCUUCGAUCCCAUGGACUGCCCAUGGGUUUGCUCCCAAAGGGCGUCGAGGACUUUGAAUUCGACGACACUGGCAAAUUCCAGGUCCACUUGGAUCAAGAAUGCAAUGCCAAGUUCGAGAACGAAUUGCACUACGAUCGAAACGUUUCGGGCACUCUGUCUUAUGGUCAGAUCGCUGGACUUUCUGGUAUUUCUGCUCAGGAUUUGUUUCUUUGGUUCCCUGUUAAGGAAAUUCGGGUCGAUGUUCCUAGCUCUGGGUUGAUUUACUUUGAUGUUGGUGUUGUUUAUAAGCAAUUCUCUCUUUCUUUGUUUGAAACACCAAGAGAUUGUAUGGCUGUUCCACCCCCUGAUAUUCUAGAUAAAAAGUUCAUUGCCAAAACUGUGUCUAAGAGUCAAUUUGGCAAGCUUCGAUAUCUAGUUGAUCAGAGUGAUUUAGUGAGAGCUGUUUCGUAAAUUGGGAAGAUCAAGAUGAUUCAAAUGGCGCAAUAGCUCAAUCAUGACAUGGGUUUUCCAUUCGCUGUAUGUAUAUAUGCCUUCGGCGAGUCUGGUACGUAGGAGGUCCUAUGCUUCAAAUUCGGUGUGCUUGCUUGCGGUUUUUGUAUAGUGCAGAGUCUUCAAUUUAUCCAUUGCCAGCUCCUGUGAAUAUGACAGUGGCGAUAAAUUGAACUGAGAGGAGAAGAAGAUAUGGAAGUCAUUGGUGUCUUUUAUACAGAGGAUAGAAACAGGGCAGGAGCAUCGGAUUGAAGUGGUUUCAGGCGAUAAGUCUUCCAAGGAUUGUUUUGUAUGUUGAAUUCAUUAAGAAUAUAAACAUAAAUAUGGUUAUUGGAUCAAGCCUCUUUUUGUAGUAUAAGAAUAAUGUUGAAAAGAUAUACAUACUUCUAUGAUAGAAGAAUAAGAAAUAAAAUGGGCUUUUAUUAUUAUUUUCUCUACA